AUGCGUUCUGUCACUUUCAUUGCCGUUUUAAUCAGUAUCAUCUGGGUCCUUUUUGCCAAUGUUCAGGCAAAAUCCCCUCCACCUGAAAACCCACCUAUAACAGACAAAGUUUAUUUUGAAAUUGUCGAAGAUGACAAGCCAAUUGGAACAAUUACCAUCGGACUUUUUGGAACUGUUGUCCCCAAAACCGUCAAAAACUUUCGUGAAUUAGCUGCCUCUUCCGACUCUUCUUUUGGAUAUGUUGAUUCCAUUUUCCACCGUAUUAUUCCUCAGUUUAUGCUCCAGGGUGGCGAUUUUGAGACCGGUCAGGGAUAUGGCGGCAAAUCGAUUUACGGAGGAAAAUUCCCCGAUGAAAACUUUCAAUUGAAGCAUGACCGCAAGUACCGGUUAUCGAUGGCAAAUGCCGGCCGUGACACCAAUGGGUCACAAUUUUUUAUCACCACCGAAAAGACUUCGUGGUUGGACGGAAAACACGUUGUUUUUGGUGAGGUUCUUGAUGGAUUUGAUGUGGUUGAUUAUAUGGAAAAAGUCAAGACCAGCCGUGGCGACCGGCCAGUGAAGACGCUCAAGAUUGCCAAGUCGAGCGCAGAAACGGUGGAACCAGAAACUGAAAACGAAAAGGAAACUGAGAAGGAAAACGAAAAGGAUGAGUUGUAA